CACUUCCGCUUCUCUCCUGUCGAGGCUCACCAUGCCCGCCCGGGGUCCCUUCCUCCACAGAAGCUAGGGGAGGCGGCAAGGAGGUGGGCAUCCUCCCUUCCUCCUUGGGGCCCGAAGGGCCAGAGGUUAAAAAUGGGACUUUUCCGACUUUCCCAAUGAACAGAAAGCAGAAGCUUUGUGAAGAGUGACGUCCUUCAUGAGACGCUGCGUCUCCCGAAAGCUUUGGGCUUUUAAUGAAAUAGACAGGCAGUCCUCGACUUACGAGCACAGUUGAGCCCAAAAUGGAGUCCCUUGGUUGCUGAGACAGAGCCUGGAGGGUCCCGGGUGAGCGGCCGAGAUGCAGAGCAUCAAGUGCGUGGUGGUGGGCGACGGGGCGGUGGGCAAGACCUGCCUGCUGAUCUGCUACACCACCAACGCCUUCCCCAACGAGUACAUCCCCACCGUCUUCGACAACUACAGCGCGCAGAACACGGUGGACGGCCGGACGAUCAACCUCAACCUGUGGGACACGGCCGGGCAGGAGGAGUACGACCGCCUCCGGACACUCUCCUACCCGCAGACCAACGUCUUCAUCAUCUGCUUCUCCAUCGCCAGCCCGCCCUCCUACGAGAACGUCAAGCACAAGUGGUACCCGGAGGUCUGCCACCACUGCCCCGACGUGCCCAUCCUGCUGGUGGGCACCAAGAAGGACCUCCGCAGCAACCCCGACACCCUGAAGAAGCUGAAGGAGCAGAGCCAGCUGCCCGUCACCCCCCAGCAGGGCGCCGGCCUGGCCAAGCAGAUCCACGCCGUCAAGUAUCUGGAGUGCUCGGCCCUCAACCAGGAGGGCAUCAAGGAAGUCUUCACCGAGGCCGUCCGGGCGGUGCUCAACCCGGCCCCGCCCAAGCCCAAGAAGCCCUGCGUGCUGCUCUGAAGGAGGCCCUCGCCCUCUGCUUAUGCCCAGGCGCCCUCUCCGCUCCCCACUCGCUCCUGCCCAAACUUUGCUCCCUAGGAAGGCUCAAGGACCCGCUCAGACACGUGGCCCUUUCCCCCCACGGGGGAACCGAGGCCAGGAGGACUAGUCCUCGCCUUACGGCCAUGUUCCAUGGCUAAGAAAUGAGGUUGCUAAAUAAGUCACACCUGAUUUUUUUUGAGACCCUUUUUGCCACAGUGGCUAAGCAACAGCAAUAGCACUUAGACUUACAUACCGCCCCAUCAGGGCUUCACGGACCUCUCCUGGCGGUUUACAGAGCCGGCAUUAUUUAACAAGCCAAAUAAUGGGUGGAAGGGACCUGGGAGGUCUUCUAGUCCAGCCCCCUUCCUUCUCAAGAGGAGACCCAACGAUCGGGGGUCCUCAUUUGGCCAACCUCGCAAGGAUGGCUGUGGAAUGCAGAGUCAGCCGGCGGUGCUGCGCUCUGACCCCUGCGCCACCACGGCUCCACCAUUAACGGAAUCCGCUGCCAUUGUUAAGCGAAUCAGGCAGUCGUUAAGCGAACCCUGCGUCCCCCCCAGUGAUGUCGCUUGUCAGAAGCCGGCUGGGAAGGUCACCGAUAGCAAUCACGUACUUGCAGGCCAAUUGCCAAGCGCCCGGAUAUUGAUCCCAUGGCCGUGUGGAUGCCGCAGUGGUCAUAAGGGCAAGGACUGGUCGUAAGUCACUUUUUUCAGUGCUGUUGUAACUACGGUCACUAAGCACAAGUGGUCGUAAGUGGAGGACUGCCGGUACCCUCAACUAUGCAAAGCUUCCUGAAAUGCCGUUUUAGUGACGGCGCAAAAAAGGUGCGCCCAAAGGUGUCCUUUCCAAGAGGUGACAGGACUUUCUUGGUUUUCCCUUGAAGAUGUUUCCCUUCUCCUCCUGGAGGCUUCAUCGGAACCGAAGCGAAGCGUCUCCUAGGAAAAACCAAGGCAGUCCACUCGCCUCUUGGAAAGGGCACCUUUGGGAGAGCCGAGACCCGGAUGACGAGGAACCUCCAUAGGCCAAGAAAAAAUAUGUUUUUGUCCCAUUUCUUCUCCACGCAUCCCGGCCUCCAUUCUUCCCUGCUCCUGGCUCUUUUAUGACUCGUGGACUUCAACUCCCAGAAUUCCUGAGCCAGCAUGGGGGAACUUUGGCCCCUUCAUGACUGGUGAACUUCAACUCCCAGAAUUCCUCAGCCAGCAUGGGGGAAAC